AUGCUGGCCUUAUCUUCUGGGAUGUUGAAAAAUAGUCAACAACAAAGACGUGCCGCCAGACAUAUACUCAAUCACAUAGCUAAGCCAUCGUUAAGAGCUUUUUUGUAUGCAUACCUUUAUUUGGUUUUGCCAAAAGCCAUAGGUCAAAUCUUGAGUGCCAUUAGAAAAAACAAAUAUGAUAAGAUCAUUCCUAGGGUGAAGAAAACCAUGAUAAAUGCAUUGCAUCCUCGAAAAUUCCCAAUGUUUGCUGCUAGUUUAGUGGCUGGAAUAAAUCUCUUAGAGCCCGUGUUCCUAAAAUUGUUGAAGAGAAAUAACAGGUUGGCAAAGAGUCCUACUUCCAGAGUAUUUGUUUCCACGUUACUUGCUGCCUUGAUUUCAGCCAUAGUGACUUUUCCAACCUACCAAACUCAUGUUCUUGGUUAUGGGAGAUAUAAUUCUUUGGACUUGACAUUGUUAGUAGCGACAAGAGCAUUAGAUACCGCCCUUUCUUCUUCCUUGUCCAGAAUCACACCAGCCAGCUUAUCGGGUUACGGAGACGCGCUUUUAUUCAUCGCAAGCUGCACCUGUAUUAUGUUUUGUUGGUUCUUUUAUCCAGAGAAGCUACCACCUAGCUAUCACAAAUGGAUUACAUCUGCUGCUAACAUGGAUAUCGAAUUCUGGGAGAUUUUGAGGUUGGUGCAACAGAAGAAACUAGUAUACGGAGAACAUGGCCCUUAUGAGGAUUUCUUAGGUCCCUAUUUUGAAAGACACGGCAGAGAUCCAAAGCGUGGCAACACCGUUUUGACUCAACCGAUAGAAUGUGAAGCUGUCCAUGCAUUUACCACAAAAAGUUGCGAGCUUCAUGCCUUAUGGAGGUUCUGGAGAGGAUUCAAAUUUGCACUCGGUGUUUAUGCACCCUUGAACUUGUUGAUGUUGAUUUUCCCACUGAAAGUCAAAAUGUCGGCUCGUUUAUUGCGUGCAAUCAAGUCCUCUAUCCGGUCAGCAAGUUUCUUGGGAGCAUUUAUUGGUUUCUACUGGUAUGCAGUGUGCCUAGCAAGAACCAGAUUAUUUCCAAAAUUGUUCCCUAAAAUCCCAAGAGUCAGAUUUGAUGACACUAUUUGCGCCGCCAGUGGUGCCUUCAUGUGUGGCUUUUCUUCUUUUAUUGAAACUCCACAGAGACGUAAGGAAUUGGCUUUGUUUGUUGCUCCUAGAGGACUUGGCACAUUGGUUCCGCUGGAGCCAACAAAGAAAAAUCUAGCUAUUGAAAGUAUUGUAUUUUCAAUUGGGUUAGCUGUUUUGGUGGCCUAUUCGAAAAAUCGAGCUUCAAGUGUAAGAGGUAUUUUUGGGAAAGGAUUAAAACAAGUUUUUGUUAUCUAA